CACUUACGGCACUCCGUUCCACAACAGGAAGUUGGAAUUCAAUAUUGAUAGCUAAAAGAUGGGUAACUUUCCUAGCUAAGUUUCAGUCAUGCAACGAUGUUUAAAAACGUGUUUCGAUCUGGUUUUCUAAUUAGGACCGUACAUGUCAUUCUAACAUGGGUUAUUACACUGAUACUGUUCUUACAUGACACCGAUCUCCGGAGACAAGAGGAGAAUGGAGAGUUGAUGAAGCCUGUAGCAUUUUCCUUGCUGGUCCUGCUUUCAGUGAUGCUGUAUUUCACGGUCUCUCUGAUGGACCCAGGGUUUGUUCUGUCGGACAGUACCAAGUGUGCACAGGGCUCAAGUGAGGAAUUGGAGGAGAUGAUACCUCAAAAUCCCAGUCCUCGUCUGCGCCGGUGUGGUUACUGUCUGUUACAGCAGCCCAUGAGAGCCAAGCACUGCCAGACCUGUAAACAUUGUGUUCGGCGGUUUGACCAUCACUGUCCGUGGAUAGAUAAUUGUGUGGGCGAGAGAAACCACCGCUGGUUCAUCAUCUAUCUGACUGUGCAACUACUUGCUCUUCUCUGGGCCAUGCAGAUUUCCUGGUCAGGCUUCCAUACAGCCAUCACUUGGAAACUGUGGCUGAGUGUGAACGGCUUUCUGCUGGCAACGCUGUGUGUUGUUGGUGUGUUUUCCUUGGUGGCGGUCCUACUCCUGGGCUGCCACCUCUAUCUGAUCUCUAUAAAUUCCACCACCUGGGAAUUCAUGUCCCGCCACCGGAUCUCCUACUUGAAGAGCUACGGAGAUGAGGAGAACCCCUUUGAUCGUGGAAUCCUCUGUAAUCUGUGGGACUUCUUCUGCAUGUGCCGAACUGUGAUGUGGGAGCAGGUAUACUACAGAGGGAGACAUAAUCACGUCUGACCUCACUUCACUGACACCAUGCCCAAACCAGGCAUGUCGGAUUAAGGGUUGUGCUGUUCUGACAUUCCUUUCAUUCUUUUAUCUCUAAUCAUAUAAAUUUUUUACCAAGCGGAGGUAGAAUGUACUGUUUAAAUCGCUGUAUGUUUUGUUAUUUCUGUAGUCUAUGGUUCUGUAGAUAUAAUCUUUAUAGAUUGUUUUGUUUAACUGAUUUACAGUUUAGCUAGGAUUCAUUACAAUUGGCAACAGAUAUUAAUGUACCUGUGCUUUAGUAUAUCGCUUACAAAUGCAGUGUGGGUAGGCUACAUGGAUAAAGUAUUAUGGAUAAGAUCAAUAUUGUUUUUAGUAAUUUAACUGCAGCCCCACAUCAUGUGACCAAAAUCACCCCCUUAAUAACUGUAGGAAACGAGCAUCAAGGUCAUACCCCACUGCACAAUUACAACUUUGGGAAGUUUAACAUAACUAAUUUCAUAUUUGGCCUAAUAAACUGCAGGCAUUUUUUAGUUGAUGUGGAACAUAACCAACUGUCUUAAAGUUCACUUCAACAUGUAUUUUCCACUGAAACUCCAUACUUUUAAAUACACAAUAAGAUCCCACCAACUUAUUUUACAAACACAUCCUGUUUUGGUUACACCAGCCACAAUUGUUGGGGAUUAAUGUGUAUAAACAAAUCACAACAGGUGGUCUGUCGACAUUUGGAUGGACAACUAGCUAUAGAUGUUGUUGUCAUGUUGAAAAAAAUAUACUGUGAUAAAUGAUUGAAUGAUGUUGAACAAACCUUUUAUGCAGUAACUUUAAUACUUGUUUUUUAUAAUACACUAAAUUAAUUUCUACUUUUAUUAUUUAAUAAAAGGUUUCACUGUUCAUAUUGACAUAGAUGCCACACAAAACAGUAA